AUGACUUAUUUGGGGGGAGUUGGCUGUACUCUUAUUGGAGUGGGUCCUUGUUUAGUUCUUUUCCUAUGUACAGUCGCCAAUUGUCCAACAAAAGUCAUUUUACUCACAGCCAGUGGAUUUUUCUGGUUGGUGUCAUUACUUAUUACAUCUGUGAUGUGGUUUAUAGUCACUCCACUACGAGCUUACCUUGCAUUUGGGAUUCUUAUUGGUGUGUUAUUCCAAGAAAUUCUACGAUUUCUAUUCUUUUUAUUGAUUAUCAAAGCUGAAUCCGGCCUUCAGGUGAUUGUAAGUAGUUCAACUACUACUACUACUACUACUACUAUUUCAAGGCCACAGCUGGCUGAUGGAAUUAACAACGACAACAUUAUUGAUAAUCAUAGUAAUGAAAGAGGAGAAACUGAAAGAAAUGAAGUUUCAAAUUUAACAAGAAAUAGAAAAAUAUCUAGUAGUAAUAUUGUGAUAACAAACGACUAUGAUCAUAAUAUUUUGAAUGAUAAUAGUAAUAGUGGCAAUAUUAAUAAUAAUAAUGUUGUAAAACUUGAUCAUCUUACAGUCGCUUAUGUCUCUGGUUUAGGAUACGGUUUAAUGAGUUGUAUUAUACAAUCAUUACGUAUGCUUAUCGAUUCCUAUGGCCCUGGAAUAACUAUGUAUUCAUCAUGGAAUUCGAAAACAUUCUUUCUAUUUUCGUCGUGUCAGUGUAUGUGUAUAUCAAUGCUUCAAGUGUUUUGGUCUCUUAUUCUGUUUUCUGCGUUUGUACAACGUGCAUAUGGUCAAAUUAUUCUUGUAUACUUUAUGCAUUUCGGACUAGCUGGCAUGUCGUUAAUCAAUACGUUUUCAUCACCUUGCUCAGAAAUUGUAUGUACAAUAUACGUGAUUUGCCUCAUAGGAAUGAUUAUAUUCGCUUAUUAUCGAUUUCGUUCACAAUUAGACACUAAUUAUGAAAGAAAUAAUACUGUUGAUUUAAUUAAUUGAGACAGUAAGAGAAAAUUUUAUACAAGCGACAAACAAUCAAUUUCGUCAAAAUCCUUUUUGCCGUUCAAAAUUCAUUAUUCGGUACAAUUAAAAAUAUAGAUCGACCUUUUUCUUUUUUUUUGUUGUUGUUGUUGUUGAAAAAACGCAAUGGUUAAUAUGAGGAAUCUUUAACUUCUGUAUCUUGUUCCUUUGUAACUAUAUGAGUUAUGUAACACUGUGUUUAUAACAUUAUUCAUAACACACGUAAUAAACUGAUCUUUUAAUAAUCCAUUUAUAUUUUUAUGACC